UCCCGCGUCGUGUCCGCUCGCUGGUGACGCAGUGCUCGUAUUCGCCGUUCGUCCUGAGGCUCGUCUCGGCCAUAUUAUCUUCCCGUGUCCGGAGUCGCCGUCUUUCCCUCGUUGUGUCUGCUUCUCCUCAUGGCGAGCCCGUAACACAAACACCCCCCCCCCUUUCCUCAGCGGCCGCAGAGCGUUGUGGGGGAAUCAUGGCGGCCGGCGGUAGCAGCAAGGCCUCUGCCGGGGCCCUGGAGGCCGCUCUGGACAGGAAGCUGCAGGCGGUCACCAACACCAUGGAGUCCAUCCAGAGCCUGUCCGGCUGGUGCAUCGAGAACAAGAAGCACCACUCCACCAUCGUGCACUACUGGCUGAAGUGGUUCCGCAGAUCUGGCUUCCCACACAGACUGAACCUCUUCUACUUGUCCAACGAUAUCAUCCAGAAUUGUAAGAGGAAGAACGCACUCAUCUACCGCGACACGUUUGCUGAUGUCCUCCCUGAAGCUGCCUCUCUGAUGAAGGAUCCAUCUGUGUCAAAGUCUGCCGAGAGGGUCUUCAAGAUAUGGGAAGACAGAAGUGUUUACAACGAGGAUACUAUUGCUUCUUUCAGAACUGCUUUAGGUGGAGGUUGGAGUAAACGGGAGAAAAGCAAAAGUGCACGUGCUAAACCUGCAGAGAAACCUCCAGAAACUGUUCCAGAGACUCCCAAAGCGGUCUUAAAAUCGAAGAUUGUGGCUGAAUUCAGGCCUCAAGGUCUGAUUGAUGACUUGCUGUCUUACAAGCGCUCACUGGAUAAUCUCGACCUCAAAGAGAAACAGCUUGCAAACAUGAGAGUUGAUGUAUGCAGCACGGAAACGCUAAAACGCCUGAAAGAUAAAGCGGGAGGAAAGAAAUUUUCUAAGGAUUUUGAAGAGGCAAGCGCAAAGCUUGAGGAGUUUGUUGGCCUCCUGGACAAGCAAGUUAAAAAUAGCCCCUCCUUGGCAGAAGUUAUGGAGAAUGCCGGAAUAUUCUAUGAGGCCCAGUACCGUGAAGUCAAGGUUGUGGUGAAUGCUUAUAAGACGUUUGCUAAUCGAGUGAGUAAUUUGAAGAAAAAGCUUGAUCAACUAAAGGCAACUCUUCCUGAUCCAGAGGCGUCUCCCGUACCAUCACCAGCCAUGGAUGCUCCUUCGCCCACCGGCUCGGAGUCUCCAUUUCAAGGAAUGGGAGAUGUGAGCCCAUUGUCACCAGAAGUUGAGCCGGUGCAGUCUGAUUCACCUGAGCCUCCAAAGGACAAUCGUAUUGUGGAGGACAUGGAGUUGUCUGAUGUGGAUGCUGAUGAAGAAAUGCCUGAGAUAAUUGUCGAAGAAAGAAAUGAUCAUUCACAAUCUCCAGCAUCAACUUUGAAGGACACAGUUGGCUCUCCUGCAACCACUCAGCAGAGUGAGGCCAUAGCUACAACUCCUGUCGUUACUUUGUCCCCAUCCCCUUCACCCGUCGCCAGCAGUGCACCAACACAAGUCCUCUCCUCGGCUGUGACAGUUGCAACAUCUGCUCCAGUAUCAACGGCUUUUGCUAAAACAGUAACCGCUCCUGUCAUUUCCCCGUCAAUGCCCCUUGCAUUGCCACACUUGCCCAAUGUAGACUUGGGAAAAAUCAGUUCCAUCCUAAGUAGCUUAACUUCUGUCAUGAAGACAUCAGGUGUAAGUCCGGCAACCAAGCCUUCCCCUGGUACCCCAACAACACCAACAUCUAAUUUGGGUCCAGCUGCAAAGCCACCUGCACAGGGUGCACCAAACCCUUUGGCAAAUAUACUUUCCAAAGUGGAGAUCACUCCUGAAAGCAUUCUUUCUGCUUUGUCUAAAACACAGGUUUCCACCACCCCAAAUUUGCAAGGAAAACCAGCAUAA